GAAUCGCGCAUGAGACCACGUCGUCUUUCAGGUGUCAUAAUGGAUACGAAUAAAGAACAAAGCCUCAGCACUGUAUUGGGUGACCUGAAGCAGCCGCUGAAUCCGGAAAAUGACGCUAGUGAGGAUGAGAGCCACAGUGAUAACUGUAAGGAUAAUGGAACGAAAGUAUUGCGAAAACAGAAUGGGAAUGUACAUAAAUCGAUAUUGUAUAUAAAUGUUGGUGGACGAAGUGCACGAUUGGAUGAAGAUCUGUUGCGGCACAGAUACGAUUGUGGUCGCUUAGCGCAUUUUUGUACGCUGUCGCACCACGAACGCCUUAUGGAGUGCGAUGCCUACUUCGACUCCACAAAAGAAUAUUACUUCGAACGAUCACCGAUCAUAUUUGAAUAUAUCAUUGAUUUUUACAUUACAGGACGACUGCAUCGACCGACGGAUGUGUGUCCAGUUCGAGUUCGUACCGAGCUUGACUUCUGGCGUUUACCAGUGCAUCUAUUGGCCAGAUGCUGCACAAUUGAUACGCAACUGGGUGAUCUUCAAAAAAGAAAUACUGUCUCAACAAGUGAUCAGAUUUACCUCGAGAUGUCGUGUUCGCCGAUCGCAUUCAACAAAGUUUGCCUUGGUAAACAACGUCUCCUCAUUUGGAAUUUUUUCGAGAAUCCUCGUUCAUCGACUGCUGCAAAAUGCUUCUCAAUCGUGUCAGCGCUAUUCGUUCUACUCUCUCUCUCAGAUUUGAUACUUUGCUCGAUGCCAGAGCUUCAGGAUGCCAAUCAAGAGCCGCAUUGGACACUUGUUUACUUGGAAAUCGGUUGUAUGCUGUGGUUUACGUUUGAGUACGUUAUGCGAUUCAUUGUGAGUCCUCGGAAAUGCUCAUUUAUAAAGUCACCGUUGAAUGUGAUCGACUUGAUGACAAUUUUGCCCUUCUACGCCGAAGAGUGUUUACCGCUGAUGGGACUCGUGAAAGCUGUUGAGCUGAGAAAUAUUCGAGGUGCGAUGGUAGUGAUUCGUGUGAUGCGAUUAGCGCGAGUGGCUCGUAUCUUCAAGCUGGCCAGAUACAGUACGGGUCUGCGGGCAUUCGGUGAAACAAUGCGCAAAUCAGCCGCCGAAUUGAGCAUGUUGGGAAUGUUCCUCUUAACUGGCAUACUACUAUUUUCGACAGCAAUCUAUUUCUUCGAAAGGGACGAGCACAACUCUCAAUUCUACUCAAUACCGGCCGCGUGUUGGUGGUGUAAGUUUUUUAAGCUGUCUGAUCAAAUCAAUGGAGAUUGA